AUGAUACUAGAUCCAUUAUCUCCAAAUAUUGAAAAUCAUACCCAAGAUGAAAUAAUUGAGUUUUGGGAAAAAGCUGAAUCCAUUGCUAACAUACCAAAAGAUAACUUACAUGAGUUCCAAGUUAACUCAAACCUGGUUGCCUACGUAAAGUUUGCUACUGAUUCCUAUAAAGUUUUUAUCAAUACUGAUCGUGAUCUCUAUCGGAUGUCGCUAAUUUUAUUGGAAUCGCCUUUAUUCGAAUUUAAGAAAGAGUUUUGCCUGAGCAAAUUGCAGUCAAUGCUUAAUAUAGAUCUUCUGGAAAUGAAUAUGAAGUUUAUCAUUGUUUACAUUCUUCUCUGUGAGGCGAAAAAAAAUGUUCAUUCCUUAGAAAUUAUGCUUGAAUUCCAGGGGUUUAACGUAUUCUAUAAUACUCUGUACACUCAGUUUGCCUAUUUGAGCAAAUACGGAAAAGAAAAGGCAAUUGCUUACAAACAACGGUAUCCCUCUGGCAUCUCUGCCACAGCUACAACUUCAGAUAAUUUGAAUAGGAGUUUGACUGACAUUGAUUUGGCUAUAAUAGAUGAAAUGAAACAAAUCUCCACUGUUUUAAUGGAUUUGUUAUUUCAAAUCUUGAAAUACUGUAAAUGCGUGAUUGCUAAUCUCCAAAUUGUCGACGAUUUUUUUGUUUACUUUUUGAUGAAGUCAAUAAGAUCAGACACUAUGGAUGAUAUGUUCAACAAUGCACAGUUUAAGUUGCUGUUGGCUUUUAAUGAACAAUAUAUGAUGUUUACUAAAGAGUACGAUAUUGAAAACAAAGUUUACAAGUACCUGAUUAAUGGGGCGGUUUCGAAAUGCUUCACUGAGUUGUUGCUACUAAAAUUCAAUAGAGUAUCUGACCCUCCUUUACAAAUCAUGAUGUGCAAAAUUAUAUAUCUAGUCUUGACACCAAGAGGCGAUUAUGUCCCAACAAAUUUCUUUUAUACCAAUGAUCUAAAUGUCCUUAUUGAUGUAUUGAUAAGAGAGCUCCAAAAUAUUAGUGAAAAUGAAGAGAUAUUGAGAAAUACCCUUUUAAGGGUUUUGCUACCCUUACUAAAGCACACACAAUUAUCCAAGACACAUUAUAGAAAGGAUGAUUUGAAUAAAUUGCUAAAGUAUUUGUCAACUUUAGAUAACAUAUGUGCUGACAGCCCGGUGUUACAUGAACACCAGGUCACGGUGAACUUAUCACAAAAAUGUCUUCAACAAAUUCCUUGGUUAGAGGCAUCGUCAGCGUCCCCAGAUGAAAGUUCAUCAGCCUCUAGUAGUACAACUAGUAGAAACUCCAGCAUAGUCAACUUUGGGAGUUCAGAUAGUCAAAAUUUCUUGGCUCGUAAAGGCCAUCUUUAUAGUAAUCGUGAAUUAGAUGUUUCUGCAGAAUCUUUGACUAAAAGAAAGGCCAGAGCCCCACCUCCGCCUCCACCCCCAUCAAGAAAGUAUGAAACUUCGAAAUAA